GUAUCGAGAUUUGACCUGGCGGCCUUUGGUAUGACCUCCAAGGCACACCGGUCUCUCGCAACCUCUCCUUGGCUCUGGGACUGGAGAUGUCAGAUGGAUUACAUCGAGCCAUCUUACUACGUGUGCUUGCACAUAUUUGCUGAACCCAUCCCACGGUGGUUCAUCCUCCACUCGGUUCAACGUCGGCUGAAACCGAUCGACUCGUACGCGUAUCAGUCUCCAGAAUGAGGAUCCUCUUUCGUGGUGGUGGCUUGGGGUAUAUAUAUCAUCGGUGGACUCGUGAACGGCAAACCCACAUCGGAAGUCGCGUUGUUCGAUUGUUUCGAGCAUGUGUGGUACAAAAUCCCGCCCAUGAAGGUGCCUCGUGCUUCCGCCUCAGCAAGCAGGAUAGACAACAAGAUAUACGUGUUUGGAGGGUGCGGGGAUGACGUUGAUUCCUCAAACUGGGCAGAGGUAUACGAUAUCGACACCUUAACUUGGGAUUUCUUGUGUGUGCCUACUACUACUCGGCCGAAGAAUAUCAAACAAAGCGUGGUGAUAGGCAAGAAGGAGGUUUACGCAGUGGAUGAGGAUGGUCAAAGCUUCUCCUUCUCCCCAAGCAAACUGUUUGUGUCAUGCGGAAAAACAGAUUCUAAGCCAGGAGAUAGACACGACUGGUGUUUGAUCGGACGAUUCUUGUUUUCCCGUGGUCCCCGCGGGACAAUACUGUGGUGUUUGCCAGACGAGUUGGAUUGGAAGGAAGUCAAGGGUUUGGAAGAGCUGCAACAACAACAGUUGGUUGAAUACGGUAUCACUAAACUCUCCAAAAAGGCGUCCUACAUUGUCAUCUUCUGGAACGCCCAGCCUCAAGGUGCUGAUAGUUUGGAGCUUUGGUCUGCGGAGAUUUCCCUCAGGAGAGUCGGACCAGAUGUUCGGGGAAAGAUUGAGUGGUCUGGUUCUGUCUACAAACUCGACUACCCUCUCACAGACUCAAACAGAGUUAAGGUUGUGUAUGCUGGUACUGCCUUUACCUGAUGAUCUUCUUACUCCUUGUUUCAGACUAUAUAUUUAUUGAUAUCAUCUCUG